UUCACUUUUGCAGUAUCGUCACUUACUAUACUUCCUUUACAUUUCCAUCUUUCAUUUCCACCACCUCAUUCUCAAUUCUACUCUCACUUUCUCUGCAUUCUUCUUUGUGUAAUCCAAGUGGGAUUUUGGUUCUUGAGAUUCUUUUCUUGCUCAAAUCUUCUUUCCUUUCUCUUUUCUGUGGUUAAUUAAGGCUUUGCUUUUGGUGAUCAUGGCCAGUUUGAAGGCUCAACGCUUACUUGAACUUGCCAUUCUCGAUUACAUGUCUAAAAGAGGUUACCAUCAGAUUCGUGAGGCAUUCUCCCCCGGAGUUCCUGCUAACCAAAAUCCUUUUGCUAUCAAUUUUCCUCAUGAAGCAUUUCUACAAGAGUUGUGGGGUAAAUUUUAUGAAGCAUACAGCUCUAGGUUCCCUGAUGACCCUGUAUUCGCUGCUGAAUCCUUUGAUAAGGUUGCACAGACUCUGGAAGACAUUGUGGCUAAUCAAUCCUUUGCUUCUGAUCAUACAGGGUUAAACAUCUCUAAUGUGAUGCCGUCACCUGUGAUGGAAUCCAGCGGUCCUGAUCUUAUGGACGACGCUAGGAUUUCAGAUUUGAUGUCAAGAGACAUGCCACCAAUCUUACAGUCUCUUGAGAUGAAUGAAAUGGAUGGCAUGCUUCCAUUUGCUAGCAAUGCUGGCUAUCAAAUGCCAAUUGUUCCUCCAGAGUGGAAUGCAAGAGAUGACAGGCAUGCCAUUAACUUGGGAGGUCCUACGCAAAUGGAACCAAAUAUCCAUGCCCCUGCAACCGCUUUGCCUGCUUCACCAGAACUUUCUGAUGCGGGGAACAACGGAUAUCUCCAACUAUCUAUUGCGACUGGCUCAAUUUCCCCUGCCAUUAGCCAUCAAGUUGUACAUCCCAGUGUAAUGGUGCCAACUCAAAAGGAACAGUUUCUGACAACUACAUGUAGCAGAAAGAAAAAAAGGCAAAAAAUUCAAAGUAUUUGCAUAGUCGAGCAAUCAAAUGAUUGAGGGACAAAAUAUAGGCUAUCCUACUAUACUGAUGUGAUCGAGAUCUUUUUUCCUGCCUUUAUCUUCUCUUUUUCUUCUUCUGGCAUUGAACAGAUGGUUGGUGGUACAAAUCAAAGAACCCCAGCGAAUUUACCAGCACACCAGCAAACAAUAGCCCCAAUGGGAGGAAUUAUGAGAAGUUCUGGAAAGCCAUCGAGUUCUCAGGAAUCUGUUGAGAAAGAGAUAGCUACUGUCGCUGCUAUUGCAAAGGACAAAACUAAAAGCUACUUCCCCCAAGGAGAUGCUGGUCUGGUUAGUGCAAGUAAUUCAAUCGAUGCAUUGAGGAAAAGAGCUGAAUAGAAAGGCAGGUAUCACUUUUAAAGAGAUUCAUAACAUUCGCGCAACAAAUAGCAAGCUCCUGUGUUGCCACUUUAAUUCACAAGGAGAGUUGUUGGCUACUGCUGGACACGACAGGAAGGUUUUUCUUAUUAAUUUUCAACAGGAUUCUAGUUGGUCAUAUGCUUAUCUCAACUUCUCCUGUUGAUGAACUUGUUACUGCGAUCUAUGUUUAGGUUCUGAUUUGGGAUUUGAGAAAUAACAAUGUUAAUAGUGGACAAGGUCAUGCUCAUCACGUUACAGAUGUCCGUUUUAGACCAAACUCAACGGUGUUUGCAACAGCUUCCUUAGAUAGAACUAUGACCAAACUCAACGGUGUUUGCAACAGCUUCCUUAGAUAGAACUAUGAAGAUAUGGGAUGCAGCCAAGCCAAGCAACCCUUUCCAAAACCUCGUCGGGCAUUAUGAGCAAGUGAUGUCAAUAGAUUUUCAUCCAAAAGUGGGUCUCAUCAGUUCUUGUGAUAGCAAUGAUGAGAUUAGACUGUGGGAUAUCAGUGGGGGUGAUUGCAAACUCAUUCUUAAGCUUGGGAGGUAGCAAGUUAGAUUUCAACCUCAACUUGGGGACUUUUUGGCAAGUUCUACCGGCAAUAUUAUAAAUAUCUUUGAUGUCGAGACUAACAACAUCCAAAAGAAGUUACAAGGACAAGUCAAAGACGUUCGUUCAAUCUGUUUGGAUAUGAGUGGGAAUUACCUUGCAUCCGUGUGCAAAGAUAGUGCACGAAUGUGGUCUAUUAGCGACGGAAAAUGUCUACAUGAACUAUGCUCCAGUGGCAAUAAGUUCCAGUCAAGCACUUUCCACCCUGGGUACGUUCAAGUGUUGGUGAUUGGUUCUGAUAAGUUCUUGGAGUUGUGGAAUCCAAACUUCCAGAGCAACAUAACUUGGUAAUAUAGUGCACAUGCUGGUGUAAUUUCUUCAUUAGCAGAUUCACUUUCGAAAGGAAUCAUAGCUUCAGUGAGUCAUGACUAGUGCAUCAAGAUAUGGAUGAUGCUUCUUUUUGGUCAAGAUACAACUGUCAUUCUUUCUUCUUUCUCUUAUCCAAACUACAUCAAUAUCUGAAUGAACCACAGUUUACAUCCACCAUUUCACUAACAACUAACAAGGGUGCAUUUGGGACAUAUAUUGUUCUAACUGCACUUCUUUCUGAGGUUGGAACGCCCAACCACCCCCCCCCCCCCCCUCUUUAUUU